AUGGCAUUCUUAGGUCACGAGUUCAAACCAACUCCAAAAGCUGAGCCUCAACCUCCUGCUUCUGAUAAAUGUGGUGUCUUAACUUCUGAUUCCCCUGCUAUCAAAAAUGCUCCAUUACCAGCUGAUGGUCCUGGUACUAAAGCCUUCUCAAACAUCCUAGUUUUAUCAUUCAUCAUUGGUAUUCCAUAUUAUAUUAAAUAUAAAUUAGGUGGUGGUUUUAAAACUUGGUUAUUUUUCACAAUUUUAUUAGUAUUACCAAUCUUGAUGGCUUAUUGGACUUUUACCUCGACUUAUGGUGCUAGAUUAAAUGAAAAAGUUGCCUACCCGGGUAAAGGUGUUGAAUAUUAUUUAGAAUUUCAUGAUGAUGAAUUAGCUAAAAAAUAUUCAGGUGAUAAUAAAAUUCCAUAUGAAACUUUCCAUGAAUUAUAUUUUGAUGGUAAAGUUAGUUUUAAAGGUGAUGCUUUAGAUACAUUGGAAUAUAGACAUGAUUGGGUUAGUUUUAGAUUUACUUUAGGCUUAUUUAAAUAUUUCCUCUUUGGUAUGAUUCCUGAAGUUAUUUUACAUACAAGAUCUCAAGAUGAAGAACAAGUUCGUGAUCAUUAUGAUCGUGGUGAUGAUUUCUAUACUUGGUUUUUAGGUUCAAGAAUGAUUUAUACCUCUGGUGUUAUUUCUGAUAUUACUCGUGAAGAAUCUUUAGAAGAAUUACAAGAUAAUAAAUUAAAAAUUGUUUGUGAUAAAAUUGAUUUACAAAAAGGUGAAUCUUUGUUAGAUCUUGGUUGUGGUUGGGGUACUUUAGCUACUUUUGCUUCAAAAGAAUAUGGUGCUCGUGUUACAGGUAUUACACUUGGUAGAAAUCAAACUAAAUGGGGUAAUGAAAAAUUAGCAUUACAAGGUAUUUCAUCUGAACAAUCUGAAAUCUUGUGUAGAGAUUAUAGAGAUACUCCAGUUCCAGUUGGUGGUUAUGAUAAAAUCACAUGUUUAGAAAUGGCUGAACAUGUUGGUGUUAGAAAAUUUGGUUCUUUCUUACAACAAGUUUAUGAUAUGUUAAAUGAUGAUGGUAUUUUCUUCUUACAAUAUGCAGGUUUAAGAAAAUUUUGGCAAUUUGAAGAUUUAGAAUGGGGGUUAACUUUAAUGAAUCAAUAUAUUUUCCCAGGUGCUGAUGCUUCAACUCCAUUAGAUUUUGUUGUUUCAAAAUUAGAAGGUACAGGAUUUGAAGUUGUUUCAAUUGAUAAUAUUGGUGUUCAUUAUUCUGCAACAAUUUGGAGAUGGUAUAGAAAUUGGAUUUCAAAUAAAGAUAAAGUUGUUAAUAAAUAUGGUAUUAGAUGGUAUAGAAUUUGGGAAUUUUUCUUGGCUCAUUCAACAAUUAUUUCAAGACAAGGUUCUGCAACUUGUUAUCAAAUUGUUUUAAGAAAAAAUAUUAAUAGUUAUCAUAGAAUUAAUUAUGUUCCAAAGCAAAAAGGUUUAUUAACUCCAAUUGCUGAAGGUAUUAAAGAUUGGUUUAAAUAA